AUGGAUUUCACAGCGGAUCAACUUCUUCAAUACAAUGGCACAGACCCUUCAAAACCCAUCUACGUAGCAGUCAAAGGAAGAGUCUUUGAUGUGACAACAGGCAAAAGCUUUUAUGGACCAGGUGGCUCUUAUGCAAUGUUUGCAGGCAAAGAUUCAAGCAGGGCUUUAGCUAAAAUGAGCAAAAAUGAUGAAGAUAUCUCUUCUUCAUUACACGGACUUACCGAGAAAGAGAUUGGUGUGCUUGAUGAUUGGGAAAAGAAGUUUGAGGCUAAGUACCCUGUUGUUGGUCGUUUUGUUUCUGCAUUGAUUAGUGGAAUGAUUACAAUGCCUGAUGCCUCAGUUUCUGCCGAGAUCCUCUUCAAAUUCUUCAUUCAAGAUUCUCGAAUGGAUUCCAAAAAGACCAGUGCAUUUCCAGGAAGGAAUGAAAGGAAGAAGAUGUGA